AUGGAGCAUAAGGAAGUUUAUAGUUUUCAUAAGAUGUCUCAAAUUCAAGUGAAAAGCGCAGAAGGUGCAGAUAUGUUUACCCAACUGCAAUACCAAGAGGUUAUCAAACGUCAGCCUCUCAUCGAUAGGACGGUUGCAACUGCCGACAGGACCAUAACGUUUGUCACCCUUUCGUAA